AUGGAUCUGGAUCAAGUUGACUAUGAGGAGUUCAUUAACUCAUUGGAGGACUAUGUGCCAACGAUACCAGAUGAAGUGAUAACAUACUACUUGAACAAGACAGGCUUUGAGUGCUCUGAUCAAAAGAUCAAGAGAAUGAUAUCGUUGGCAACUCAAAAGUUCAUAUCGGAUGUAGCCAAUGAUAGUAUGCAGUUCUGUAAGAUUAGACAACAGGCACCAACACGUGAGAAGGUCAAGAAGGAGAAACAGCUGGUGCUCACAAUGGAUGAUCUGUCACAGAGUCUACGCGACUAUGGAAUCAACAUCAGGAAGCCAGACUACUUUGCAGAGACCAUUCCACCUCAACAACAGCAACAACCAGCGGCGACAACAACAACAACGACGACUACCUCGACAACAUCGACAGAGAAGAAGGACGCAUCAAAGGAUGCAACCAAUGCUGCUGCUACCACUGCUGCUGCGACAUCAGGCAGUGACAAGGCGGCCACAAAGGAAUCAACACCGAGCAAAGAGUCUGGUGCACCAAAAGAGAAGGAAACGACAACAACCAAAGAAACAUCUGGAAGCAAAUCAAAUGGCUCAUCAAAGUCCAAGUCAAAGUCUAAGCACUGA